AUGAUAACACCGAUCAUUGAAAACAUUGGUAAAAAUGAAACCGACAGGAUAUUACCAUUUACAAUGUGGAUUGAUUUUCCUUUUUCAACGUCGCCAUAUUUCGAGAUAAUGUUCGUAAUACAGAUUUUAUCACUUUAUGGGGUUGGCAUUUGUUAUUUUUGUUUCGAUUGUUUAUUAUGCAUCAUGAACAUACAUACGGCAGGACAGUUUCGUAUUUUGCAAUAUCGUCUUAUUAAAAUUUAUCAAGAAAACGAUAACCGUAAUUAUAAUCAUAUUAAUCAUUUACAAGAUGUUUACAAUAGAUUUAAGGGACUUGUGAUACAGCAUCAAAUGCUCAUCAAAUAUUCCAAGGAUUUAAAUCACGUGUUUACUUUUAUUACGCUCGGCCAGGUAUUAAUAUUCAGUAUAUUGAUAUGCCUAGUGGGCUAUGAAAUAUUUAUAGCAGAGGCAGCUCCUAUCCGACGUGCCGUUUUUAUAUUUUAUAUAAUAGGUACAAUGACCCAACUAAUGAUGUUUACAUACAGCUGUAAUAUAUUAACAGAAGAGAGCAUGAAUAUAGCUGUGGCAGCAUACUCGUCAUCAUGGACAUCUAUGCCUAUAAAUAAAAUUGGUAAAUUGUUAAGGAAAGGUUUAUUCAUUAUUAUUAUAAGAGCUCAAAAACCUUGCGUCCUAUCAGCCGGUGGAUUUUUCUCCGUAUCUUUGGAAACUUAUACAGCAGUAAUAAGUACCGCAAUGUCCUAUUUCACAUUACUCAGACAACGGAGUUUGGAAGUAAUUGGUGUCUAA